AUGGUCGUCCUUGACGGUGUCGACCUUGACAGCCUUGGCUACAUCGUCAAGGCCCCUUUCAAUGGCUCCGGCCCUGCAGGAGGAGACCCUCUCACAGAGGACCUGAACAUUUGGUACGAGACUGGCGAUAUAGGAUGGAUGAUAACCGCCACUGCCCUCGUCCUCCUGAUGAUUCCCGGUGUCGGAUUCUUCUACUCGGGCCUCGCUCGGAGGAAGUCAGCCCUCUCGUUGAUCUGGCUGUCCGUCAUGGCCACAGCCGUCACGACCUUCCAGUGGUUCUUCUGGGGCUACUCGCUUACCUUCUCACAUACCGCCGGCCCCUUUAUUGGCGACCUAGCCAACUUUGGCUUCAGAAACGUGCUCGCUCGUCCCUCCGUCGGUUCCGCCCGCCUCCCUGAUCUUCUCUUCGCCGUUUAUCAGGGCAUGUUCAGCGCCAUUACCGUUGCUCUCGCCACAGGAGCCGUCGCCGAGCGCGGCCGCAUGUUGCCCUGUGUUAUCUUCAUGUUUAUCUGGGCAACCGUUAUUUAUGACCCGAUCGCCUGCUGGACAUGGAACACCAGCGGGUGGAGUAACAAGAUGGGCGGUCUGGACUUUGCUGGUGGUACACCAGUCCAUAUUGCAUCCGGGGCCGCGGCACUGGCUUACUCGAUGAUGCUUGGCAAGAGGAGAGGCCAUGGCACACAUGAGCUGAAUUACCGGCCUCACAAUGUCACCCAUAUCGUCAUCGGAACUGUGUUCCUGUGGGUAGGCUGGUUCGGCUUCAACGCUGGAUCGGCCCUGUCGGCGAACCUGAGAGCGGUCAUGGCUGCUGUUGUCACAAACCUGGCUGCUUGUGUUGGUGGAAUCACUUGGUGCGUGCUGGACUAUAGGCUCGAGAGGAAGUGGUCUACUGUCGGCUUCUGCUCAGGCGUUGUUGCCGGCCUGGUUUCUAUCACUCCCGGCUCAGGUUACGUCCCAGUCUGGGCAGCCUUGCCCUUUGGCGCACUAGGGGCCGGCUUCGCCAAUUACGCCACCAAGCUGAAGUUCCUUCUUCGUAUCGACGAUGCCCUUGACAUCUUCGCAGUCCACGGCAUGGGUGGCUUCGUCGGAAAUGUGUGCACGGCCUUCUUCGCCGCAGACUACAUCGCGAGAUUGGACGGGGUCACUGAAAUCUCUGGAGGCUGGAUCAACCAGCACUGGAUCCAGAUUGGAUACCAGCUUGCGGAUUCAUUCUCCGGAGGGGCGUACUCUUUCGUUGGGACAUGUCUCAUCCUGUUCAUCAUGAACCUGAUCCCCGGCCUUCACCUCCGUGCGAGCGAAGAAGCCGAGAUUCUGGGCAUCGACGAUGCGGAGAUCGGCGAGUUUGCAUACGACUAUGUCGAGCUCACGCGAGAAGUCCUGAACGAUGUUGAGGCCGACCCGGACGCAAACAGCAGAUUCUCAGGGGAUGCUCAGAGUUACGACCCUAGAGAGAAGAACAGAGGCAUACCGCUCAUGGACUCUCGCAUGUUCAGCAGCGCACAGACAUCUCACCAGUAA